UGAAGUUGGGCGGAUGGGUGAAAAACACCACCGAUGGACAUUUCACGGCAGCAUGCAAAUAUAGUGUGUGAUACCGAAAAUAUGAGCGUCAGACACGUUUAAUGCCACCACUAUAGAAGACUGACACCCAGAAUAAAAGGAUGCCCCCUGUGCAAGGCCUCAGCCCUUAACGGUACACCCGGUCCCAGUCCCAGUCCUGGCCGUGGUCCUGAGUCUGGCUGACAGCGUGGUGGUGGGGGAGCUCUGUGGUGUUUCAACCUCUGCCCGCCACUCUUUCUGAACCAAACCCCUGAGCCUCCACUCCAUCCACCCCCCUCAUCAUAACUGCCCCCCCCCCCCUUCCUUUUGCUGACACCAUCUGAAGGUGAUGGUGAGAGUGAGUGAACAAGAAAAUAGAGUGGACUCUUCCUCUUUACACUGUGCCCCAGCUCCACCUCUCACCUCAACGCCAUGAUUUUCCAGUCUGAUAUCACCAAGGACACACGCUAAUUUGCAUGGCCUACAGUGUUACCCGGCCCCCCCGCACACCCCCCAGCCUCGCUUGUCCGACAGUCAUUGGUCUGCCUGUGUAACAUCCCCCUCAGAGCUGCUCUUUGUGAAUGAUGCCGCGCAGUGUAAGUGGAAGUGAGAUGAGAAAACGGCAGCAGCCACACAUCGAAGGACCCCCCCAGGCUCCCGGCCCCCCCAGGCCCAACACCUGCUGCCUGUGCUGGUGCGGUUGCUGCAAAUGCCUUUGGAAUGCAGACAGAGUGGAACGCCCUGAACGGCCGACCUGCACAAAAAUGGACAGCAUAGAAACCACCGAGGAACAACACCCCACACUGGACGAGGUGGUCUCCUGGGCACGCAGCUUCGAGCAGAUGAUGCGCUCCACGGAAGGCCGGGACAUUUUCCGGGAAUUCCUGCGCUCCGAGUACAGUGAGGAGAACCUGCUGUUCUGGCUCGCCUGCGAGGAGCUCAAGAAGGAGACCAACCCCACAGCCAUCGAGGAGAAAGCCAGGAUCAUCUACGAGGACUACGUCUCCAUUCUUUCACCAAAAGAGGUCAGUCUGGACUCUCGCGUGAGAGAGGGCAUCAACGUGAGCCUGUCCGAGCCCAGCCAGCUGAUGUACGAGGAGGCCCAGCUGCAAAUCUACACGCUGAUGCACCGCGACUCCUACCCCCGCUUCCUCAACUCCUCCGUUUACCGGGACCUUCUCGAGAGCAAGAGAGGCUCCUGUCUGGACACCUAAAAAGGACCUCCGUCCCUCGCCACACCGGGCGCAGCCCGUCACCGUAACUUUUUAUGAAUACGACACAAACAGAAACAAAAAUGAACCCAACGCAAACACAAGGUGCCACAAUGGGGUGUGACGUUUUUAAGCUAAGCAAUCCUUUUUGCGACUCACUAGCGCUCAGUUCCUGCUCAAGUGCCCAAUGGAGCUCCUCAGGCAACUGUGACGUUGAGAGACGAGAUGAAACAAACGAUAAACGACAGAUAGACACUCGCUUCCUGUACUGUACUUUCUGAGGAAAUCUCUCUUUCUCUUUCUCUUUCUCUUGUCUAUCUCUUUCUUUCUCUUUUUCUCUCUUCCUCCUUCCCUGGCUCUAUCUGUCUCCCUUGACUUUGUCUUACUUACUCUGCACCCUCAUUCUGUUGUAUCCUUCUUCAUUUCUCUUUCUUCUAACACUUUCAUGAUGUCUCAUAAGUUAAGGCAGAUUUUAACGGCAGUGAUCUUUUUGGUUGGGAUGUGGAGCUUGACCACACAGAUCAAGUUGAAAAAAAAAGCACCCUUUUUGCAUGAAAUAAAAAAAAAAUGUAUUCUAACUUGACGUUGAAGGGGUGGAGGGUAGGGGUUUUUGAGAGGAUGUUUUCAUUUGUUUUCGUGGCGACAGGCCCUGCCAGGUUCUUGAGGUACAUGGAUGGGAACUUAGUUUUUAUUGCCAAUUGUCAUUUUUGAGAGGAUUGAGGAGAAAGUGAAAAACAUUGCGACUGCGUCACUUUUCGGUCUCUGGCAGAGUUGCGUGAAGUUGGGAAGAUAAAUGAAACAGCAAACAACAACAAACAAAUCAACAACAGCAAGGGCUAGCAUUGAGGCCGCCGGGCAGCUAAACUGAAUCACCGACGUUAUUAACCACUGCAAAAAUCACAAUGCCUAUCUUUUUUUAAAAAAAAGGGCAGAGAAAAUAGCUGCUGAAGUUGGCAACAAACUCGAGUUUGUUGUGCACAUCCGUCCUGUCCCUCCCAGGCUGUAAAGGAAGACGGCAUGAAAGAGAGAGUGUGAGGUGCACUGGUGCUGAUCGGGAGAUGUCAUUCUAGCCAGAGUUGCAAAUAAGGGGAGCCUUUUUUUAACGUUGAAAAUAAAAUUCCACCAUCUAUUUGUCAAAUGACUUGAGCAUUAGAGAAUUGUUUCUUAGCAUACAAACAAUGUUUUCUUUUUUCAUGUGCAUACUGUAUGUGUGUUUUAGCAUAUAAUUUAAAGAGGAGAGAUCCUGAUGCCUUGUUUUAGGAGGUAGCUGUACAGCCCUUGUUUUCUUUAGCACUGUAAAGCUGUCCGCGUACUGUGGGUAUUGCAUUGGUGAGAAUGUGAACUGUUCAAGGAAUAUCUUUCAGUUGUUUAUAGGGAGUGGCUCAGAACAGAGAGAGAGAGAGAGAGAGAGAGAGAGAGAGAGAGAGAAACGAAAUGAAUCCGAUCAUAAGGUCAGAUCAUGUUUCGGGUUUCAACUUUUAAGAUUGUUUUGACUCUGAAGGUUUGCUCUAGGUUGUUGCAUUGCAAAUGCCAAGACGCUUUUGUAACCACUGUAACAGAAAGAGAGAAAUACAGUUGUUUCUUUCUGAGUUUGCCAGUCUAAUUCUCCACGUUUAGAGUAAUGUGGAGACUGUAUUACCGCCUACAGAAUCUACCACUGUAAGAGGCAUAGUGGAAAAGCAAACGAGAUGAGUUUUUUGCUUCCUGUCCUUGGAAGUAACUUCUUUACUGUUUUGUUGUGCAGAGUGCAGUCUAGGACAGGGCUACUGCACCACUCCACUCUGCAUGCUCUUUCUGUGGUUCUUAGCUUGACUGUGGAACACAUUCAACUAUGAAUCGUGAUUUGAUAGUGAUUGCUGAGACUCUGGUCACACCUGACAUGCAGGUAACGGGAGCGUUAAGUCCUCACACCUCGAGGGCUUGGAGGCGAUUAAUGGGUUUAGAGAAGAACGACUUGAAGUUGCUUUUAUUGCAACCAAGUGCAUGCGUGCUCUUUGUGAAGAAGAGGAUUUUUUUUUCCAGAGUGCGAUGUCACAGCACCUCAGCUUUGGGCUUGUUCGAAUUGUAUUGGUGCAAUCAGACCACUUGAGCAUGCACCAGUCCUUGUCGAAGAUGAGAAACCGACUCACUCACCUUAAAAGAUUCAUGUGCCAAGAGCAAGUUGCCAGUGAGCCAGUGAAUUGUAAUCAUGUUUUUUAAAUAGCUUUGAUGGUUACUUAAGUGCAACUGGAUUCUAUUAUAGAUUUCAUGCUUUUAAAAUGAAUCUAUAAAAUGUACUGUAGCUUUUUGCAUUAUAUUGUCAUUCAUAAUGUAGUACGGACUCCGGCCCAUGGGCAUUGGUCGCGUAAUGCACAUAAAUGGAAAUGCAUGCGUCAUAUUCGUAAAAACUCUUACAACAUAUGUAGCUCUGUCUGCAGCACUUAACAGUAACAAAUGAUUUGCUGGAGACAAAAACAAUGAAUACAUAGAUUUUGUCAAUCUGUUUGGUUUUUAGGUUUGUAAGCGUAGACCAGACAGCUUCAUGGUGUCAUUGAGCAGUGUGUUCACAUGAUGGGCAAUCAGUCUGUAGAGGCAGGUGAAGCCAGUUACUUUGGAGCCAUGUGGCAGAUUCAGAGGAGCCUUCUUUUGCCGGAAUGUUCCAUCCUGAUUUUCCUGAAGGUUUGAGUGAAGUUGAGGGGUAGAUGUGCCGUCCGUUUCUCCAUGCAUGUGCUGUUUCUCUGCCAGACCUGGGAAGCAUCAACCAUCUUACUUUCACUUCUGGUGGAGAGGUUGUUCUUUCUCUUUUCACAAGACCCUGUUUUUUUUCUAGACAAAUAUUUCAUGGGGCAACUUUAAAGUCACACCACAUCAUGUUUUAUGGAUCACCAAUUUAUUUUGUUUUAUUUUUAUUUUUAUGACGAUUUUAUUUCAUUUUAGAUUUUUCUGUAUUGAGAGUGAAGCUCCACAAUGGUUAGGUAGGGUUCCCUACCCCACCCCCAUCCUCCUUUUCAAACCAACCAAGAGUAAGACCUUGAACUGAAAUAUCAUAUCCUGCAUGACCAGAGGAGCAUUGGCCUUAUCUGAGUUGUCUCUCUCUUUGAACAGUCUUAUUAGGUUUCACUACCUCUCUCAUGUUCAUUAACUUAUUUCACAUCCAGUGGUCGAUGUACAAUUUUUAUUCUAUUUUGAACUACUUGAAGCCUAACACUGUAAUUGAAAUGUGCACAGAAGAAAUAUAUUAUGUACUGAGGGUCAAUGAAGAGUAGCUGAUUUUUUUCAUUGUUGUUGUUGAUAUUGUUGUUUUUGUUUCUGUUUUGUUUGUCAAUUGUAUAUUCAGCUGAAAUACAUUUUUAGACAUAAAGAAUUCAGGAAAUACACUGUAAAAGGGCUAAUCUCAUUUUGCCUAUGCAAAUAAGUUAACAGUUGAAAAGGAUUGAAUAGAGUAUUUGUGUGAGACCUUUUCAACAAUAUUUGGAUGGAACAAGGUUUACAUUGCCCUUUGCUGAUAUUCUUCAAUCUUGUUCAGCAAAAAAAAAAAAAAAAAAACAUUUUUUCUUAUUUUGUUUCUUUAUACAUAUAACAAAUAAUAUAUAUAGAGAGAAAAUAGUAUAUGCCUUCGUGAUGAAAAAAAAAUCAGAUUUAAAUAAAUAUGUGUUGUCUGAAGUGUUUCGUUAUUUUGGCUUGUAAGACAGCCGUUUGAUGAACCUGUGGGUGACACCCAUGGAAUGAAUGCUGAGCUGUAGUGAACAUUGACCAUUGGUGUAGUUCAGCUUUUAUUAGACAUUUGAUUUGCAGCACAUUCAUCCACAUUUUUUUUUGACCCAAGAAACAAAAAUGUAAAAGAGCAAAAGAGAGAAAGACCUCUUGUAUGGAUUGAUGCCACUGCCCUUAUUUUAUGGUACUGGUAAAUCCUGCUUCUCAGUGUCCCUGGACAACAUGUCUCUAGUGUGUUUCUGGGUCUAUCCAAAGUCUGUUAGUGGGACAGUAUUGUAACAUUCUCUUCAGGAAAGGUGAGCUGUUUACUUGGCAUUUGGUGCAGUUUCUUCAGUGGCUUUGGCAGGUGUGUUGCUCACAGCAGGCGUAAGAUCUCAUGUAUGUCAGUCUAAUGCACUGUAAUACCCUAUAAAGGACCACUCUUAAAUGCUGUACUUUCAAGAAGGGCAUCUGUUCCCAUCCUCAUAUGUUCCUCGCGCCACUUGAAAGGACAUGUUGAAGUGACAGUACAAAACUACCUCUGGUUGGUUAUUCUCACUGUCCCAAGUAUCGCGCCUACAGGAAGCCACUUGAUUUAUUUGCAAAUACCACAACAGAGAAUAGCUUUAAAGGCAAACACAUUAAAGGCAUGGCAAACACAGUUCAAUUGCUUAGUUUUACCUCCAUGAAUAAUUGCUAUUUUUGUAAUUGCGUUACUGUGAGAUAGGCUGGCAAGUUGAGAUGGCAGAAAUUUCUUUGGACUUUAGUUGAGGGUUGACUUGAGAUCAGAAAACUUCAAGCUCAGUUUGUGUGAGGUAGUUUUAGUGACAAUAAUUUUAAAUAAAAAUGCUUCUGUGUUAAAUCACAGGACAUCAGAAAGCAUGAUAUUUUUUACAAAACAAAAGAUUGACACAAGUGAAAGUAAAUCAGAAACUUUGGCUAGCUGGCAUAUUAAACUAGAUAUAUGACUAUAUGGUUGAUCUUGGUUUACUUGUGAAAUACAGUCUAGUUAGGCACAUAAGCUGCUAAACAGCUGGACUGAGUCGAGUGGCCAGACAUGUGAUUGAAAUCUCUUCUGGCUGCAUGAAGACUCCCCCUGUAGGAGCUCUGCCAAAAAGCCUUUUUUUUCUCAAAGGGUGAUGAUUUCAUUGAAGAGACACAGAGAAAAGCAUAUUGAUAGUGUUGCGAGAGAUUAUGACGCAAAAGAGUUUUUUUUCCCCCUUGAAAGGUCUUCGGAAAACUAAGUAAUCAAAGCUCCAUUACUAUAAGUAACGUAUUCCUGUACUAACAAAUGACACAAUAGACGAAUACACAAGUGGGUGACAAAGAAAUAUGGAAUAUUUUCAUGUUUCUAUCAAACUUUCCAUGUGAGUGACUGUGUGAGACUAGGUGAGAGACCAGAGAGACUAGUGGAACACUCAUGGUUUGUUUGAACCUCACAGGUAUACACCUCAUCUUGAUAUCACUUUGUACAUAAAUAUAUCUUAUCCUUCUAUGUCAAGAUACACUUUUUGGUAUGGCAUUUAAUUGAAUGAUAUUUAUUAAUUUAAAAUGCCAUGAAAAAGUAAAUGCCUUUGUAGAUACCGUCAAAUUAUUACUUAAGAAAACAUUUUGAUUGAAAGUUAUAUUUUCUAUUCAGCAUGCCUUUGCUAAAUGAAAUAAUUUAGUUAUUUAUAACAAUCGAUACUGUAUAAGUAUGUAUUAAAGUACUGCAAUAUGCAGACAACUAGUACCAUUGGAACUUGGAAAGUUUAUUAUUUGACUUUGUUGGUAAUACAUUAAUAAUAACUACAGUAGUCUUUUUUCCAACAGAUUCUUAACAAUUGCCUGGAAGAAGGAAAUCCUCUUUAUAUUAACGAGAUUAGAUGGCUGUGUGUCGACUGACGACUAGAGAGAGAUCAGCUUUUGCAUGAAGUUAUUGAGUGAGGCUCUUACGAUCUCAUACGAUUGCUGGUGUACCAGCAGUCAACUCCAUGCGUUAAAAAGCUGAUCAUUCUGAAUGUUAGCAGUAUAACAUCGCUUAUCCUUUGAGGGUAGUUGUUGUGUGAGUUGAAAGUGCUGUUGGAAGGUGGCAGGACAGCUGGGAUACAUGGGAACUGGCAGUGGAUUGAGGGGUUGCUUUUAAAGAAGUUGAAAACAGUAAGCAUGCAUUGUAUUAAUUCCUGAGCAUUUCCAAGCUCCACCAAGACCGUAGCUAAUUUACCAAUAACAGAGGCGGAAGUUAAUGAAACAGACCUAGAUCAGUUGCACCAAAACACCUGUAUGUACUGUGCAGAUGAGAUGCACUUGGACAGAUAUGCGCUCCCAGAUAUUUAAGGCUGAGCUUCAAGUUUCCCAGUUUGUGUGUGUGUGUAUACGAGUGUGUGUGCUUGGUUUGUGCCUCUGUGUGUGGUCAAGAUAAUAUUUAAGAGCUUGUCCAUGAAAUUGUAGCAUAUUUAUACAAGUGCAGAAGGUUUGUGUUUUACAAGUAGGAAUCAAGUUAUUGACCGUGAAGACAGCACAUGAGCUUUGUGGGUUAGGAUGUGCUUCUCUCCAUCUUUUAAUCCAUUCUGCAUGUGAAAAAAGAAGAAUAUUGGUGUUAGUUCUCUACACCCACAAGAAUGCCUGCAUUUUGAUGUCUCCUUGUGAAAGGAGAUAGACCACAACAAUUGACUCCUCAUUUACUGAUGGUUUCUGGCACCUCAGCGGCAGCCAUCGUGCAAAAGUAUAUUACUUAUAUUCUCUUGAUCUACAUGUUGCCAAUCAAGUCUUUGACACAUUCUGAGAGCAUGUUUAAGUGCCAAGUCCUCUCACUUUGCCUAAUUCCAGUGCUAUAUUCUGCCUCCGCGUGCCAAAAUUUAGUACAAUAAGAAUAUCAAUUUUCUUGGGUGGUGUCUGAAGUGUGUUGUGAUCUGGCUAGUAAAGCCAGAGUGACUAGUAAACCCUCUUCAAAGAUGAGCACUGUGGCAUUGUUUUCCAAGGAGAGUGAAUCCAUAGGGCUCCUCUAUCAGGAGGUCUGCCACUUAUCUGGUUUAGUCACUAAACCACAUAACUUGAAAUCAACCCCCAGAAUACAUGUGGGGAACACAGUCUCCAAUGACUCAAGAACAGAACUAUUCCCCUUUUGCACAUGUUUGUACAGUGCAUCUUUCCUUCGCCUUGAGGAUGGAUAACAUUGGUCUUCAUAUCCCAUUAUAGACCGAGGACUUUACCAUAAAGGACGUGACUUCACUUCAGCCAUAUCAUGAGUUCAUCAGUUUUUCGCCUCUAUUUUCAGGCCGCCACAUGGAGAAAUUCAAAAUGCAGAUAUCCUAAAAUUGUAGCCACCUUUGUUAAAUGGUCAGUCUCGUCCGAGCAUGGCGAAAUGAUGCUAUGUGCAGAGGCUGUGUUGGGCAGAGAGCCCUUGGCCUUUUGUACCUGUGUUCAUUUGUGUCCCAACAUUUCACACAUAUUUUCUUAUGAUAUUGCAUUAUGCUUUAAAUAAGUUAUUGAAAUGGUGUGUAGUUCAUUUGUUUUAGAUUUCAGAAUGUAGACAAUAAAUGUGUGAUUCACCUUUUUAAAACAAACAGUUUGGCAGUGGUGGUUGAUACGAUUGUGGCAAACCAAAUAGAUGUUUUAUUUUUGUUUGUUUGUUUAGUUUAGUUUUCAGUCAUUAAUGCCAUGAAGGGGGGAAUCCUGACUACUGUAACUGCCUUUGAAUAUUUCUGUGUACUUUAUAGUGCUGCUAGAAAAAAAGACUGAACUUUAAAUGUAACAUAUUAUCUGACAAUAAAUACUUUUGAGACUUUUA